CACCAUCCAGUUCCAUCCUUCAGCUCCACUCAGCCCCUCCCAUCCAUCUCUGAACAACAUCCAGUUCCAUCCUUCAGCCCCACUCAACCCCUCCCAUCUAUCUCUGAACAACAUCCAGUUCCAUCCUUCAGCUCCACUCAGCCCCUCCCAUCCAUCACUGAACAACAUCCAGUUCCAUCCUUCAGCCCCACUCAACCCCUCCCAUCUAUCUCUGAACAACAUCCAGUUCCAUCCUUCAGCCCCACUCAACCCCUCCCAUCUAUCUCUGAACAACAUCCAGUUCCAUCCUUCAGCUCCACUCAGCCCCUCCCAUCUAUCUCUGAACAACAUCCAGUUCCAUCCUUCAGCCCCACUCAGCCCCUCCCAUCUAUCUCUGAACAACAUCCAGUUCCAUCCUUCAGCCCCACUCAACCCCUCCCAUCUAUCUCUGAACACCAUCCAGUUCCAUCCUUCAGCUCCACUCAGCCCCUCCCAUCCAUCUCUGAACAACAUCCAGUUCCAUCCUUCAGCCCCACUCAACCCCUCCCAUCUAUCUCUGAACAACAUCCAGUUCCAUCCUUCAGCCCCACUCAACCCCUCUCAUCUAUCUCUGAACAACAUCCAGUUCCAUCCUUCAGCCCCACU